AUGACAAGAGGGCGUGUGAAUAACGACAGAAUUUUCAUUUUGAAGGUUCAACUCAUUGCUUUAAGUUGAAUAUUUUCUGUUGCAUUAACUACUUAAAAAUGUGGUGAAGGUUGUGAUUCUGGAUUGCAGCAAGCCAUGUUUUGGUUAUAAUCUAUAAAUAAACACAAUGCAUGGGACUUGGAACACAUCUAAGGGCUCAUUUUCUUAAUUGUGAUGGAUCAAACUGAACCGACUGACCUCUCAUUCGUGAUUCAUACACUCAAAGAAAGAGUAAAUGAAGAUAUUCUUCUGUCCUUAGAAUUGGGAGACACACUGUCUGAGGAUAAAUGGUGCUUCUCUUAGUGCCCUGCUUUCCUUGGAGACCGAAACACUAUCUUUGUGAAUGGCACAUCCUUUGGCUAUCAGAUUUUGCAUCUUUGUCCCCAUGCAGUCUCCUUACCUUAUCCAGGGGCCCAUCUUGAUCUAUACAUUCCCAUUUGUACAUUUCAUCGCAAGAAUCUUGGUCUUUGUGUGCUUUCUCUCCUGUGUGAUGUUGUGGGGAUUUGGUACCGUGUGUCGGUUCACGGGUGAUGACUUCGCUAUAUUGCUUUCCCACUGAGAAUCAUUAUCAGCUUGACUCAUGUGGUUCCUGAAAGACCUUGCAUUGUAACUUUGAGAAACAGGUUGGGGAUUGUCCAUGCCAUGAUGCUUCACCACUGCUUUCACAUUUGCCUGUAUUGCAGAAGACAUGGAAUCUAUCCGGAAAUUACAUUCUUGAAAUUUGGAACCUUGUAAUCUAAACAAUGCUGAUUACUGUCCUUUUAACUUUUGGAAAUGACUUGGGUCUCUUUUGGCUAAGGUGAAUGAGACCAACCUUAAUGACUCUGUGCCUUUAUAAGAGGCAGUCUGGCACAGAUCAGGACGGCAAUCCAGCGAUCAGCAUGGCUGCCUGGCAGAGACAGCGAGGUAUUACAUAACUUUUAAAUAGAAAGCUCAUUUUGAAACAUCCCAACAAGAUCUUCCUUCCUGAAAUCUCUGAGCAAAACUUUACAUCCAAGAAUGAAAACACAACCUCUGGUGCUGUUUUUUAAUCAUACUGUAUAAGUAACGGGAGCAUUGGCUGCCAGUUUUAACGUUAGUUUUGCAAGGCUGAAAAGAAAACGUAUUAAAAGAAAUAAGCAUGUUGUCAAACGCUGAGAAAAUGGUCCUCCCCUUGAGACACCAGUCAUUUAAAAGUCAAUGUCUGGCAAGCACAGAGAGCUUUUGUGCUGUCCUUUACAAUGCUAUCACCGAGAAGGCCUCACCAGACUGGCUGACCAAAAAACCGAGGGGGGUUAGCGUCUACCUGUGGAUCUAUAAAGCAGCUCUUGUGCUGACUUAAAAGAACUUCUUAGGAUUUUCACCAUUUACCUGCAGAAGAACCAUAAAGCAACCAUGCAAUCCCUCUGCUAAAAACAUGAACUAAACCCUUCUCCAGGAACUCGAACUGGUAAUGUCUAAACAUUCAUUCUGAUUCAAUUGAUAUGACAUUGCUGACUUUAAAAUAAUGAAUAAAUCAUUAAAUAAAUUAUUAUUUGUAGAUCCAAGACAAUCGAGACCAUGUGUGAACAGGCCAUGCAUAAAUAAGGCUUUAGUGCAAAUGCAAUACAUAACUGAUUGGCUAUUUUAAGUAAAUGUUUAACAUUCUUUCUGUUCAGUGCAAUAGAAUGGCAGCUGUUGGUUUUCUCUUCAUUCUUCUACCUAUGGCGUGGGCUUGUGCACCUCAAAAAGCAGAUUAUGUGAUGGUGUCAUGUUUUCCCAAUGCCAUCAUUGCAAACGUGCCAGAGUGUCCGUACGGAUGGGAAAUCGGCCAGCUGUCUCUUGGCGGCGUGUGCUAUACUGGAAUUAACACUCCGGGUUUUUAUCGUUUCACUAUACCAGACCUCACACCAAAGAAUAAUUCUUACUGUGGCACCAUCUCUGAGUAUGUAGGAGGCAAAGACCCACGGUACACCUUUUACAACUCAAUAGUAUCCAACGAUUCAUCCCUCACCGUCCGGAACCAGCCCGUGAACUACACCUUCAGUUGCACCUACAAAGCGGCUUAUCUGGUCAACAAUGCCGUGUUCAGCCAAAGCGUCUUUACUAAACCCUCUGCUUCUUCCAGAGUGGCAACAGUUUAUGUCAACAAUGGAAGUUUAGGGUCAUUUAAGUCUCAGUUGUCUAUGAACGUGUUCACAAACUCAAAGUUCCUGUAUGCAAAAGACGCGCCGUAUAUAAUCGACACAUCAGAGAUCGGAUCUGAGGUAUUCAUUGGCAUUGAAGCCAAAGGACUGAGUAACAGGUUCAAAGUAGUGAUAACAAAUUGCUGGGCAACACCAACACCUUAUUCAACAGACAGGAAAAGAUGGACUUUAAUUCUGAACAGUUGCUCUUUAGACAACACAGUCACCAUAUUUGAAAAUGCCAAAGACAGCAGGUCCAUUUUCAAGUUUAACUCGUUCCGCUUCCAGCGGCUGGAGAAAGUGUCCACCGUGUGGCUACACUGUGAGGUGCAAGUGUGCGAUGGAGAAAAGCUGUUCUGUCAGCCGACUCCAUGCACAUCGAGAAGUACAGAAUUCGAAUCUGAUCCAAAUGGGGGCAUCUUGACUACAGAGUUUCAAGUCAGAGCACAACACUCCGCGAGUUACAUGAAUUUUGCAGGCCCACUUGUGUGUCUGCUGUCCAUACUUCUAUUAAAUGAGUUUUUAGGGUACUUCAGUUUGUAAUGGGGCCAAAUGCGUGUCACUUCCAAAUGCAAUGAAACAUACCUUUGCACUUAUAUAAUUACAUAAAAAUACCUAAAUAUAGACACGCAUACACCCGCACACAGCAUCUAUACUGUACGUGUGUCUCAGGGAGUGUAUCGACACAUGCCUUCACUCACUUUUUUACCGUUUCUACUUGUGUUUAGUGUUCCUUACGUGAAUGUUGGUACUGUAGAUCAAGAAAAUAAUCUCUAAAGCAUUUACUAUAAAUUGUUAAAUUUUAGCUUAAAGGGACAGUUCACCUAAAACGAAAAUUCUGUCAUUAUUUACCUCGAUUUGUUGCAAAUCUGUAUAAAUUUCUUCGUUCUGAUGAACACAGAGAAAGAUAUUUGGAAGAAUGAUUGUAACCAAACAGUUCUUGGCCACCAUUGACUACCAUAGUAGGAAAAAUACAAUAGUAGUCAAUAGUGCCCAGAACUGUUUGCUGUCAUACAUUCUUCAAAAUAUCUUCUUUUGUGUUCAAAAGAACAAAUAAAUCUAUAAAGCAAUUUUUCCUACUAUGGUAGUCAAUAGUGACCAAGAACUGUUUGGUUUCGAGCAUUCUUCCAAAUAUCUUUCUCUGUGUUUAUCAGAGCAAAGAAAUGUAUACAGAUUUGGAACAACUCGAGCGUGAGUAAAUGAUGACAGAAUUUUCAUUUUUGGGUGAACUGUUCUUUUGACAGGAACACUUAUUCUUGUUUUAAUUUUGAUUUAUAUGUGUAAACAUGUUUUGAAAUAUUUUCAGUAAUUAAAUACUUUUUAAAGACUAAGUCUUGACCUUGUUGU